AGCACAGCAACACAACACAGACGAGCACUCGUGAACUAACCAUCAAGCAUGGCCACCACCUACGCGCUCCUCCUCCUGCUCACGACCACCCUCCCCCUCAUAGCUCUCGCCACCACCUUCCCUCACCGCGCCCUCCUCCAGACCUGCCAGUCGAGCGGCAGCAUCUCGGGCGAGUCCGGCAGCUGCAGCACGGAGAACGACUCCGAGUGCUGCGAGGACGGGCGGCGCUACAGGACCUUCGCCUGCUCCCCGCGCGUCACCGGGACCACCCGCGCAAGCCUCACGCUCAACAGCUUCGCCGACGGCGGGGACGGCGGCGGGGCGUCCAGCUGCGACGAGAAGUUCCACCCGGACUCUCAGAUGGUCGUCGCGCUCUCCACCGGCUGGUUCUCCCGCGGACGCCGCUGCGGGAAGCGCAUCCUCAUCCGGGCCGCCAACGGGAGGACCGCGACGGCCACCGUAGUGGACGAGUGCGACUCCAUGCACGGGUGCGACGACGAGCACAACUUCGAGCCCCCCUGCGCCAACAACAUCGUCGACGGGUCCCCGGCCGUGUGGAAGGCGCUCGGCCUCGACACGGACGACGGGGUGGUGCCCGUUACCUGGUCCGACGCGUGAUCCAAAUCCAACACGAGCUAGCUUAUAGCGCCAGCACAAGGGAACAGUGCUAUACCACAAGUGUUGCCUCAGAUAACCAGUGGUUAUGUGAGGUAUACGAAUAAGCUUAAGUGCGCGCAAUCGGUCGAUGUGUAACUUGAGUGGCCUUUGUCCAUUUACAUACAUGUGUGUAAUGUUUCUCGCUACUCAUCUCUUCGGUUUCAGGCUUCA